CUCCCUUUUAGCGCGCCAAAUUUAUUAGCUGUUCGACCAAUGUUGCAUUUUUGAAUGCUGCGGAAAUCAAACGUAAUGCCGUCAAAUUAAAAAGAAAAUGAGCAUAAAUAUUAAAAAAACUCGCAUUCCGGCUGAGCUUAGACAAUUGCAGAAUAGCAAUAAUGUGCAUGGAAUUACUUGCGCUCCUGCAGAUUCGAACAAAGACAAUUACUCGCAAUUGAUAGCCAAAAUACCUGGUCCAAAAGGUUCUCCCUACGAAGGUGGUGUUUUCGAAGUGAACAUUGGCUUGGGUACUCAGUAUCCUUUCCAACCACCCACUUUCAAAUUGUUGACGCCAAUCUAUCACCCAAAUAUUGACAAUUCGGGCAAAAUAUGUUUGGAUUUAUUGCGUAUGCCACCUACUGGCUCUUACAAUCCUACGAUUACCCUCGAGUCAAUUUUGUUGUCAAUACAGCUGCUUUUAGCUUCGCCAAACCCAGACGACCCGUUGAAUGGUGAAGCGGCAGAUCUCUUCAAAACGAAUCGGGAGCUGUACAAUAUUAAAGCGAGCGAAUUAAUACAUAAAGCUGACUCGACUGCGGGAGGUACUAAAAAAAGCACAAGCCCUACAAAGGAAGGUCCUUCGCCAAAGCGAGUUAAAUCUAGCUAAAUGUCCACAAACUUAAAAAGAAAACAAUCGAAUUUUUCUGAGGAAAUACAAUACUAAUUUAAUGUCUUCAUUUCUCGAAGUGGUUAUUACCGUUACAAUUAUGUUUUAAUCAAUACAAUUCAGUUUAUUUUAAUUAGUAUUAUUCUGACAAUUAUUUAGUUAGCAUUUUUAAUUAUAAUGGGCGUAUCGAAAUUUUAAACUGCGAAUUUCACUUAGACGCUAGGUGCGCUGCUUUGUAUGUUCUAUAAGUUAUUUAACACUUCUAAAACGUAAAAUUCACGAAAUAUAAUUGAUAACGAAAACUAAACCAAUAAUUAACAAAUAAACAUUUAUUUAUCUAUUUGA